CAAUAUACACUUGUAUGUGAGACUCGUGCCCGAGCUCAGACUUCAUGUAGUAAUUAAUUGCUCAUAAAACUAAUUCACCGUUACAGCUGAUACAAGUAAUUUGUACUGUUCUACUACCUGAUUCGGAAAGAGAAGUUGCAGUAUGUGCAGUAUAGUUUCUUUGAUUGCAGUCAAAGUCGAUGAUCCGGUGGUGUAGUAGACGUAAAUGUGACCGCCAGCGCUUGAAUCGGUAUGUACGGGUAACUCGGCCGAGUACAUACCGCAACGAAAUGUUGAGUUUUAUUAUGUCUUCUCAAUAUCAGAGUUUAAAAUAUCAGCAUCAUAGCCAGAAGUUAAACAUGGCGUUAGCUGAUAAGUAGUCACUACUUUAUAUGAAAACAUCGAUAAUUUAGUUGUUCUACAAAAUUCAAUGUAGUGGAACAAGAAAGGAGCCCCCAUAACCAGGUGACCAGGGUAGGCCACAGUAGACAUGUGCGAUCAAGAAG